AUGACUGAAACAUCAAUAUUAUCAUAUAAAAAACCGACUUCAAAUAAGAAUUCUUUUCCGGUGCCGGGAUCUGCACCAUCGACACCAAUAUUGUCUCAUUCUGGAUCACCAGCUCCUCCAACAAUACAACUGCCAGUAUCUAUCGACUCUCCACGAUCAUCAACCCUGACAACAACAAAUGUGGGCGCAUCUACUAGAAAAGUAUCCGCAAGAAGAAAAGCUCUACAAGAUUUUUACCAUCUAAAUAGUAAUCUGGACAAUGCCACAACAGAUGGCAACGACACCACCCACGAAGGAAUUUCAAAAAUAUCGAAUCUAAACGACAUUGACAACUUGAUUAAAACUGCACCAAUUGAAGAAAUUUUGAAAAUAAGAAACGAUUUGAGUGCCAAAUUAAAUUCAUCCAAUCAAACUAAAAAGUCGAUAAUUUAUGACAACUAUUAUGAAUUGAUCAAACUAAGCAACACUUUAUCAGAUUUGUCCACAUCAAAACCAAGAAAGAAAUCCGUCUCAACGGGGUUAAAAAUAUUUGCUGACGAUGAAGACAAUGGAGAGGAUUCUGGGGACAAAAAUUUGACUGAAUUGACAAAAGAGGGAUAUGUUGAUCAAGUUCUUAAAGAAUUAUCUGAAUUUGCUUCUAAAGAGGCCCCAGUUUUCAACGGAACAUUUAACGAUGUACUUGGAAAACUAAAAGAGCAAGACGAAUCGGAUAAUUCCAGCAUGAUUGUAUUGAAUGAUGAUAAACCAACAGAGAAAGAAGAAUCUUCCGAAGAUAUAGAAAAACAGAUAAGUCAUAUUAAUUAUAUAUUGAAUUUGCCAUUAAAGACGAACAUCAAUGACACAGAACGAGAACAAGCAAUUGAAUAUAUCGAUAAAGUUAUCUUAGAUAAUCCUGAUAAUGAAAUUUUAUCAUUACAGUUAGGUAAAAUAAAACACGACAUCACUACAUAA